GACUUCCGCUCUCCUCUCUGCACACGUGCGAGUAUAGUAGAGACGAAGAGCGAGUUGUUUAAUUUUUCCCCCCCUUAUUUAUCCAUUGUAUAUAACCUUGCAGAAAUGCGACCUUUGACGGAAGAGGAAACGAAGACCAUGUUUGAAAAACUUUCAAAAUACAUUGGGGAGAAUAUUAAACUCUUGGUGGAUCGACCGGACGGAACCUACUGCUUCAGACUCCACAAAGACCGCGUGUACUAUGUGAGUGAGAAGAUUCUGAAACUCGCGACCAACAUAUCCCGGGACAAACUCGUGUCGCUGGGGACCUGCUUCGGCAAGUUCACGAAGACGCACAAGUUCCGCCUCCACAUCACAGCGCUCGACUUCUUGGCUCCGUACGCGAAGUUCAAGGUGUGGGUGAAGCCCGGAGCAGAGCAGUCCUUCCUUUAUGGGAACCACAUCCUGAAAUCGGGUCUGGGCAGAAUCACAGAGAAUACAGAGCAGUACCAGGGUGUGGUGGUGUACUCCAUGGCCGACGUCCCCCUGGGGUUUGGAGUGGCAGCAAAAUCCACACAGGUGUGUCGGCGCGUGGACCCAAUGUCCAUUGUGGUAUUCCAUCAAGCAGAUGUGGGAGAGUACAUCCGAAGCGAGGAAACGCUUACUUAAAGCUGAGUUUCACGUACUGUAAAUCUUCUCGGACUGUUGCGUGGAAUCAGUUCCGUUCCCGUCGUUUCGCUCUGCGGAUCUUUGCCCAUAAACUGUUUGGAGACCAUCCACAAGGAAGACGGUAAACCAUUUCCUCAUGAUUUCAACAGCAUUUUAUAGUGCUCUUUAUGAUGAGAGCUCUUGAUACAGAAAUCCACCUCACCAGUAGUGUUUGCAUUGUCACAAUACUGGCAAGGCUUUCUGGUAUAGAGGACUAAAAUCAAAACCAGCUGUGUGUGAUUUACAUAAAACAUCUGUUUACAAUUACAUGAUUUCAGGAAAUGGAGAAUUUUGAGAUAAACUAAGAUUUAUGGAAACUUGGAAAAUGUUUAAUUUCAUCACCCAUGUUUUCUUUAAGUUAAAAACCUAUAAUAUGGGCAUGAAGUCCCUGUUCAUGCUAAUUAAUUAUUACAAAUCGUCUGUAUGCUCCCCUCCGUUCUCAGCACAAACUGUAACCUUUUCCCAUGUUUUCCCGGACAUUUUUGUCCACGAAACAAAUGAAAUGUUAAAUGCAACACGUGAUUAAUAAAGGACACAAACUCAUGCACAGGGACUUUGUGGCCACCAUGCACACUAAUUUGAAGGUUCUACAAAAAUGUAUGCUCUACCAAUGUGUCAAUACUAGUGAGAAAGUAAGUCUAAUACCUUUACAUAUAUGGUAGCUGAUUAGCAGCUAUUAGUAAAAUGCUUGCAUGCAUAGUUAACUGAAGAUGAACAAUUACAUGAUUGUCCAAUCAUGGGAAAUUACAUAAUGUUCUGCUGCAAUUUAACAUUUUAAAAUUGUUUUAUCUAUGCAUUUUACAUAAUUUCUCACAUGCAGCUAAAUGUUACAUAUACUUUAUAUUAGCAGAUUUCAAAAACUUUCAAAAUUCAAUGCUUGCAUUGUCUUAAGUUCCAGAACCAUGGAAUUCAAAUUCUUAAUUCUUACUCCAUCAGUUUGUGCAGAUUGCUUUGAAGAGUAACAGAACCUCAGGUUCCAACAGGGGAGACACAAUUUACUCUCUUGCCUGUAUCAUAAAACCUCAUAUGCACCUUGCUCAGUUUUAAAUAACAGCUAAGUGAAGCUCAGAUUAGAAGCUGAUACAAAUAAAAACCACUUUUCAGGACCGGUGAUUUUGCAGAUGGCCUUACACAUGAAUACAUGAUCAGUACAGCAUACUAGUGUAAGUUGCAAAUUAUAGAAUGGUACAUGUGAACAUCAAUCCAAAUAUCCAGUACCAGUCAGUAUGCACAUCUGAAAUAACAGCACUGUUAUUAAUAGUUCCACAGAUUUACAUACAGUACAUUGUCUUGGAUGAUGCUGUCAGCUCAGUGAAUAGUGCUGUGUUCUUUCAUUACACAAAAUACCUUAAAAUACUGUAUAAAUACUCAAGUCCACAGUAAUAGGCUAAAUCUCAAACUCCAGAAAUUUACAGUAGCCUUUUACUGGUUUGUGGAAAUAUAUCUUCGAAGUACAGAUCACUCCAGUUGGAAAUGUAACCUUGUUUCCAAACAUCCACGAUGAAUCUGAAACAGCUAGACACACAUCUGCUCUAUUGAUCAUAGAGUCUAGAAGUGAUGACCUCAAGUGUAGUAUCAAAGGACUGUAGGCUUAGGCAAAGCGAAGACUGGUUUCCAUGGACUUUGCAUUUAGAACCUUAAGAAAAAGCAAAGAAAGUAAAGGCCGUGCUCUGGAGGAACACACUCGUUCGUGCGUAAACACUUCCCCAUUUCCCAGGUGAGGAAUGGAUGUUGUUAACCUCUGUGCUACAUGGACUGGUAUAAGAUGAAAUUGCCAGAUUGCUCAGGCAGACAGACAUCUGCAUAUUCAGAAAGUUCCUUCUCCAUUCAAAAUGUUCUUAUAUCAAGAUGCACCACAUGACUAAAUGUCAUAUAGUUCUUCAUGUGACUACUAUGGCAACGAUGUUUUUUAUAAAACAAUCUAUAACAAUCUCUCCCAGUAUGAGUUAAUUUAUAUUGUUGCAUAUAAUUAAUGUAUUGCAGUUGAUUUAAAAUAUUAGGUAGUAACUUGACUGCAACAGUAUGCACAAUAAGCAGCCCACUAGCAUCAGAUUUUACAUAAAUGGAUAUUUUAGACAUCUCUACUGUUUUUCUGUCCUUGGUCAAGCAAGCUGCAAGAGCUGU